ACCAACUUUCAAAAAAUAUAUUUUCUUCUGUGCUAAUAAUAGGAUUUUCUCUGAAUUUCUAUAUCUGUCAAUUCGAUUUUCUUAUUUCAAAUAUUCAAUGUGAAAAAUGGCGGACACACCGUUGCCUGCCGGUUGGGAAAGGCGGUUAAGCCGAUCGACUGGACAACAUUACUAUUUAAAUGUAUACACCAAAGAAUCUCAAUGGGAUGUGCCAGAUAAACCUGCUGAACCUGGUCCAGAACAAGUUCAGUGCUCUCACCUUCUUGUAAAACAUAAAGAUUCAAGAAGGCCAUCUUCAUGGAGAGAAGCAAACAUAACUCGAACAAAAGAGGAGGCUUUAGAAUUAGUUAAAAAUUACAGAGAACAAAUUGUUCAGGGUAAGGCGUCUUUUGCAGACUUGGCAACAGACUAUUCGGAUUGUUCUUCUGCCAAAAGAGGAGGUGAUCUGGGUCCCUUUAGAAAAGGAGCUAUGCAGAAACCUUUUGAAGAAGCUUCAUUUUCAUUGAAAGUAGGGGAAUUAUCUGAACCAGUAUUCACAGAUUCUGGUGUACACAUAAUUCUACGAACUGUUUGAGUACUAUUGUGCAAAAUUUCAAUCUACAAAACUUUUGAUGAAAUUAAACAUUUUGAAGAAUUUCUAAUUUUGCUCUGCUCUAAAUAUUGCAACUUCUAAUUUUAUUCAAUGAUUAUUUAAAUGAAAUUUGAUCACUUUGAGCAUAUUCAAGCUUCAUUUUACAACUCUGUUAUCAUAUACUUGUAAUAAUUCCAAUUUGACCUUCGCCAUUGAUCAAUAUUCUAAACAAUAUAAUGACAAAAAUCAGAAUGUUUGUGUAAGUUUCCUAGAUGAAUGACUGAUAAUGUUUCGGAGAUACCUGAGUUGAUUAUUUUUUUAAUGACAUUGAAAUAAAUUUGCACCUAAUAUUAAAUUUGUUAAUUUCUAAUGUAUGUAGUAUAGAAUUGUUUCAUUAUUAUCAGGAGAGUAAUAAUAAAAGAAAAUUUAAUCUA